GCCACAAACAUUCCUGCUCUUUCUUGGGGUGCCCAUCGCCUUACUCCUGGUCUCUGGCUCUUGGCUCCUGGCUCUUGGAUCUAAUGUCACCCUCCUACUUUUCCUCUGGCUGUUGGCCAGACAGCCUUGGAGAAAGUGGGCAGGUCUCAGACAGUCUCUCCUGGAUGUCCGUUGGAGGCUGAGGUCUGAGGCUUCCCUGAACACUCUUAGCUCUGAAGAAGCAGAGCUGUAGGGAAGGCGUGUAUGAAAGUUUACCUGUCAUUGUGAAAACUGAAGACACAUAGUCUCCCAAUGGCACCUCAUCACAUCCGAAAAUACCAGGAGACUGACCGCAAGAGGGUCCUGGACUUGUUCUCCCAAGGGAUGUUCGAGCAUGUCCCUGCCACAUUCCGCCUUGGGCUGAAGAUGCCACAAACAUUCCUGCUCUUUCUUGGGGUGCCCAUCGCCUUACUCCUGGUCUCUGGCUCUUGGCUCCUGGCUCUUGGAUCUAAUGUCACCCUCCUACUUUUCCUCUGGCUGUUGGCCAGACAGCCUUGGAGAAAGUAUGUGGUCAUGUGUUUGCAGACAGACCUUGCUGACAUCACCAAAUCCUAUCUGAGGGCCCGUGGUUCCUGCUUUUGGGUGGCUGAGUCUGGGGGGCAGGUGGCAGGCAUAGUGGGCGCUCUGCCAGUGGAGGAUUCCCCCCCAGGGAGGAAGCAACUGCAGCUGUUUCACCUCUCUGUGGCCUUGGAGCACCGAGGUGAAGGACUAGGGAAAGCCCUGGUCAUGACUGUCCUCCAGUUUGCGAGGACUCAGGGCUACAGUGAGGUUGUCCUUGAAACUAGCAUAGUACAGCAGGAUGCUCUGACUCUCUACCUGCGCAUGGGCUUCCAGAAGACAGGAGAAUACUUCUUUAGCAAGACCUUUAGACUACUGGGCAAUUCUACAAUUCAAUUAAAAUACUGCCUCCCAUCUACUCAGGAAGGAGGCCUGUGACCUAUUGUCUCGUGUAUCAAUCAGGAUCUGAUUGACAAUCCUGUAGCACAAGCAAACCCUGGCAUUUUGGUAGAACAAAUGAUGAAAUCUCAUUGCUGGUGCACAUCUGAGUCCAGCAUGUUUGAUGGAGAGGUGUGGAUAUGGGGGCUUCUAUUCCAUUCAUUGGUUCAUUGGUGUAGAACCAUUUGUAGGUAAAAGGUCAAGAGGAUAAUGUGCACACAGGUUGCUUGAGUUUGUGAGCCAGUAGUUUCUCCUGGUCUGUGCUGGGCAGCUCUCUGGGUCUCAGGAUACCUAUAGAAAUGUCCUGUUUAGACUGCAGUACCAGUGACACUGUACAUCAUCAUAUCCCAGCAGGCCAGCUCAGGCAGGGUUCAAAGUCACUGAAGAGCAACCAAUGCAAAAUGAGAGAGGAACAAAGACUUCUCCAUGUCCUCACAGGGGUCAAUUGUGGACACAUCCCAGACUCCAGGGAGAAAUGGAGCUGGCUCAGAAGUGGAGGAGCUGCAGAGUCCAGAGCAGAGGGGCACGAUGUGGCUCCAUGGAAAGAAUUGGGCAGCAAUGCACUCACUGUAGUGACCUGUCCCUGCAGAGGGGUGGGAAGGUGGCUGUGGAUGGAGGGGGAUGUUCCAUGGGGAGAUCUGGGUAUGGUGCACCCUCCUGGUGCUGCCAGGACCCAUACCCAUGGGCAAGGCUCACUGGGGGACGUUGGGGGUGGAGCCCUCCUUUGGGUCCUGGAGGAAGACAUGGACAGGUGAGUGACCCAAAAUUAACCUGGAUUAGGACUCAGUCCCAUACUCUGUCCCUAGGUGUUCACAAACUCCAGAUUUGAACCUCAGGACAGAUCCCUCCCAUAGAAGGGAGAGUUGGGACAUGAGUCAGUGCUGAUGUUCCCAGGACUGUCACCCUUUACCAGCUGCUUAAGCUGUGUCUCUGGCAUGUUCUUGGGGGCCUGCAGCCACAUACUUGGUCUCCAUCACCAAGAGGCAGAGCUCCUUACCAGAGAGUCCACAUGAUACUGAUCCAUAAACUUCAGCGCCUUAGGCAGUGUUAGGGGGUCUUUCUCACCUUAGUUUCUACUUCUCAGCAUUGUGGGGACACUUGGUCACAUCCUGUGCAGUUUUGGGAUUCAACCUUGGCUACGCCCGUUUCAACUACAUGGAAACCGUUAACCAUGCUAAUCGGUUUUUCCAAAUUGAAGAGAGAAGUUGUCUAGGACCAAAGGGGCUCUGAGACCCCUCUCAUCAUUUAGUAAUCAACUAUGAACUAGAAGCACUGACUUUCAAAUGAAGACAUUUCAGAAAUUACCCAGUUUCAAAGGUCUCAAUCUUUUGGUAUCAUUUGAGGAUUUGAAAAUGCACCCCCAAUUUGGCUCAGCCACAGCAGCACCGUCACCUGGAAAGAAAAACCUUGUCAGAAGGAGGCUGGACACAGCUUCCUGAAAACAUCAUCCUGAACUUCAGCCUUCAGGAGGGCAGGAAAUUGAGGCUGCCCCCAGGCUCAAGUGGAGGCCUUCUGCCCCUCCUCUGCUCUGUGUAGGAAUCCUCUCCCUUGCAAUGAUCGCUCUGCCCCUGCCCCCCAGCACCUGUCUUCUUCUCCAUGUCACCAGUAACCCAGGCCAGAAAGGACUUGUCUCCUCCCCAGAGGCAGGGCAGCCUGGUUAGCCAGCAUCUUCCCAGCCAUGACUUUGUGGCAGGUUUCCUGGGUCCUGGGAGGAAUUCUACUGUAGAACUGAGACCUUGGGUUGCCCUUGGAUUGUGACUGCAGCCUCCCACUCUGGGGCACUGAGGCUCAGGGCUGGACCUAAGAGAGGAAAGGACGGACACUAAAAUCUGUUCUCGAUGUACAGCAUUGUAAAGGUCCUUUAUAUCACUGACUUGUGUAAUGAAAGAGAGUCACAAGGGUGAAUUUCAUGCUCUCCAGAUACAAUCCCCACAACCAAACCACUCUCCCAGGUAAAGACCCUUACAUCUUUAUGGUGGAUGCUGUUGGAAUAGUUCAAGCCCUGGAAAGGAUGGGUGUCUGUGAAGAAAGAGAAAGUACCUGAGAAAGUGAAGUCGGUGCUUAUGGACCGAAUGUGUGGCAACUCGGGGGAAAGAGGAAAGAGGUGACAAAGGAUACAUGUCCAGGUCUGUCACUGAGCUGUGGCCUCCAUGAAGUCAGGGCAACUGCAUGGAGAUCAAGGGCCAAUUUGGCUCAUUAACUCAGAAUAUAUAUUUGCUUCUGAAAACCAAUGAAACUACAUGACACAAAUCAUGUCACUUUUUUCAGAAAUCAAUGAGCAAUUCAUGGAGAGUCCACAGAUCUCCAACUUUU